AUGCAUUCAAUUCGUCCAUGGGCUUUGUCCCGUGGCUUGGAGGGACUGCGAUAUAGCGCAGGACGUCGUUUCCAACAUUCUAAUUUGCAGCCACUCAUUCAGGCUCGACUAACUCAACAGUUUCAGCGAAAUGGAAGCUCUACUGCAUCUCCAGAAAGAGCCUUUCAAGAGCGAGUACAGCAGGUCAAGACUGCUCAGGCAGACCCAUACCCUCGACUGGCGGUAGACAAGCGAACCCUCAGUUGUGCGGACUUUCGCUUAAGAUAUGAUGGAUUGGCCAACAAUGAUUCUGUAGAAGACACGGUCGUUGUCUCUGGUAGAAUCCGUACCUACCGCCUCGCGGGCAGCAAAUUGAUCUUCUUCGAUAUUGUGCAAGAUGGCCAUAAGAUCCAGGUUAUGUGCAACAAGGGUCAACUGGAGGGCAUUGAACCCCAGGACUUUAAGAAAUUGUAUCGUCUGCUGCGUCGUGGCGAUUCCUUUACUGUAACUGGUCAUCCGCACCGCACUGCUCGUGGCGAACUCACUGUGAAUGCCACCAAGUUACCUCAGCUCCUCUCCCCGUGUCUGCACGAUGUCCCGGUUCAUGAUGUCUCUCAUGAAGUCUCGCCUUACCCUCGUCAUGUCCAAUUCUUGGCCGAUCCCGCCGCUGCGGAUAUCAUUCGAGCCAGAUCAAGUCUGACGCAGUAUCUGCGCCAGUUCUUCGUGGAUCGUUCUUUUAUGGAGGUCAGCACACCUAUCAUUGGAGGUAUAGCGGGUGGUGCAAUUGCUCGUCCCUUUGUCACUUCUGCCACGGAGUUUCCAGAGCGUGAGCUGUCACUUCGCAUUGCCCCGGAGCUCUGGCUGAAGCGGUUGGUGGUGGGUGGAUUCGACAAAGUCUUUGAGAUUGGACAGUCGUUCCGAAAUGAGGGUCUUGACAAGACUCACAAUGCCGAGUUUACGACCUGCGAAUUCUAUCAUGCUUAUGCUAAUCUGGAAGACUUGAUGCGCACCAGUGAAGAGCUUCUCUCUGGCAUGGCAGCUCACAUCCAGGCCUUCAACAAAAACAACACCCUCAACCCGACCCAAGUGAACUUCACUGCUCCAUUCAAGCGUAUCGACUUCAUUACAGGCAUCGAAGAGGCUAUUAACCAGAAAUUGCCUGAUCUGAGCUCCCCCGAUGCCUUGGAUCGGAUUCGGGCUCUCUUCCGAACCCUCUCACUCGACCUCCCUGAAAACCCUACGCUCCCUCGCCUCCUUGACGAACUUUGUGGUACAUACGUCGAACCCCAGUGCAUAGACCCUACCUUCAUUAUUAACCCACCGGAAUGUCUAUCGCCCCUGUCCAAAUCAUUCAUACACCCCACAACCGGCCAAUGCGUUGCCGCGCGCGGUGAACUCUUUAUCGAGGGCAAGGAGGUGAUUAAUACCUACGAAGAAGAGAACUCGCCAUUUGAACAGCGGCGUAAGUUCGAGGACCAGUUGCGAUUCAGCCAUGCGGCCGGUGAGACUGGUGAGAUCGAUGAGAGUUACCUCGAAGCUCUGGAAUGGGGACUACCUGCUACAGGAGGCUGGGGAUGUGGAAUUGAUCGCCUCGUCAUGUUAUUCACAGGUGCAAAGCGCAUCGGUGAUGUCUUAGCUUUUGGUAACCUACGGGCUGUUACAAGACGGACUGGUACUGAGACCAAGGCGAGCGAGUCCUAA